AUGACACUACAUGCUCUCGAUCUAACAACUGGAGAAAUACAGCGCCUUGCAAAAGACUUCAAGGGUAGUAUUACAGAAUAUUGUGUCAGACCUGAUGGUGGAGUCUACAUACUAGGACAAUGGAGAACCAAUGUUCAAAUAUACACGCAACAGUCUGCGAAUAAAUACACUGUCUUACACCGUGGAUGGCAAGGAACAUAUGAAUCUAUCUCAUUAUCACUCAAUGAUGUAAAUACUGUGAUGGCAUUUGCAUAUUCAUCUCAUAGCCAACCGAGAGAAGUAUAUAUUGUUGAUGAUGUUAAUCAACUUGAAACUGCAAGAGUAAUGACAAAUGAAAACAAAUUGUUUACAGAGAGAAAGUUUCCUCAAACAACAACUUAUCAAUGGACAAGCGAUGAAGAUGAUCGUAUGAUUGAAGGGAUUUUACAUUAUCCGCCAGGACAGAUUGAAAGCAAAAACUUGCCCCUCCUUGUGCUCAUUCAUGGUGGACCAUACGCAGCCAGUAUCAAUCAAUUCAACAUCGGUGGAGGUUUAUGGGCGCCAUUAGCUGCUACCGAAGGUUGGUUAGCGCUGGAGCCAAACUAUCGAGGAUCAACAGGAUAUGGCGAUCAGUUUCUUGACGAAAUUCGCUAUCAUCCAUUAACUCGACCUGGAAGAGAUAUUCUGUCAGGUAUUAAUCGUUUAAUUGAAGAUGGUAUCGUUGGUCGGAAUCGUGUCACCAUUGGAGGUCAUAGCUAUGGAGGUUUUCUAACCAAUUGGCUGAUAACGCAAACGACACAGUUUAAUGCUGCUCUCUCAGGUGCAGGAUCGAUUGAACAAGCAUCUUUGUGGGGUACCAUGGACCUUAAUUCGCUUAUCGAUUAUAUUUGGGGUGGAUCCCCAUGGAAUUCAUCAAAUGCCUAUAUAGAAGAAUCACCGAUUUAUCAGUUUGGCAAAGUACGUACACCAACACUUAUUGUGACUGCACAAGAUGAUUUACGUGUUCCUGUCAGUCAAGGUUAUAUACUGGAACGUGCACUCCGUUACCUCAAUGUACCUGUGCAAUUAUUAAUUUUCCCAAAUGAAGGACAUUCAAUGGCAAAUAAUCCGUGGCAUAGAAAAAUUAAAGUUCGUGAAUAA